AGUCCCAUUUCCGGAGGAUUGGUGUUGCCUAAGUUCAGAACCAUGAAGUGGUUGAUUCUUGCAAUGGUUUGUCUUCACCUCUCAGAGGGUUUGGUCAGAGUCCCUCUGCAGAGAUUCAAAUCCAUAAGGGAGACAAUGAAGGAGAAAGGUGUCCUGGAAGAAUUUAUGAAAACACACAAGAGGGAUCCUGCCAUGAAAUACAGCUACAACCACAAGCUUGAUUUUGCUGUGGUCUAUGAGCCUAUGAACAUGGAUGCCUGCUAUUAUGGACAGAUUAGUGUUGGAACACCUCCACAGAACUUCAUGGUACUUUUUGACACUGGGUCAUCCAAUCUUUGGGUUGCUUCAACCUAUUGCCAGAGUCAAGCCUGUCAGAACCACCCACUGUUCAACCCAAGCCAGUCCUCUACAUACACUUCCAAUAACCAGCAGUUUUCUAUGCAAUAUGGCAGUGGGAGUCUCACUGGUGUCUUUGGCUAUGACACUGUGACAGUGCAAAGCCUCACCAUCACAAACCAAGAACUUGGCCUGAGUGUCAAUGAACCGGGCACCAACUUUGUGUAUUCUGCCUUUGAAGGUAUUUUUGGAAUGGCUUAUCCUUCCCUUUCAGCAGGGGGUGCCACUACUGCAAUGCAGGGCAUGUUGCAACAAAAUCUCCUCACAUACCCUAUUUUCAGUGUCUACAUGGGCAGUCAAUCAGGUGCAGUCAUUUUUGGUGGUGUUGACAACCAGCUGUAUUCCGGACAGAUAAACUGGGCACCAGUCACUCAGGAGCUGUACUGGCAGAUUGCUAUUGAUGAGUUUUCCAUCAAUGGACAGGCAACAGGUUGGUGUAGCCAGGGAUGUCAAGCCAUGGUGGAUACAGGAACCUCCCUCCUCACUAUUCCCCAACAAUUUCUAGGAACUUUCCUGCAAUAUGUUGGAGCCCAGCAAAGCCAAUAUGGAGAGUAUGUAGUGAACUGUAACAAUGUACAGAGCCUUCCUACCAUCAGCUUUACCAUCAAUGGAGUUCAGUUCCCAUUGUCACCAUCUGCUUAUAUCCUGCAGAAUAAUGGAUACUGUACAGUGGGAGUAGAAGUGACUUACCUGCCAUCUCAAAAUGGUCAACCUUUCUGGAUUUUGGGUGAUGUCUUCCUUCGGCAAUACUAUUCAGUCUAUGAUAUGGGCAACAAUAGGAUGGGUUUUGCACAGUCAGCAUAGAUCUUCA